AUGUUCGCACUCACGCCAACCUAUGAUCAACCUCAUAUUCUAAACUUGAUCCUGUUUCUUCUUGGUACCACUGGAGUAUAUCUAGUCUUCUCUUCAGUACUACAAUACUGGCGUCUUCGACACAUACCUGGGCCAUUCCUUGCAGCAUGGACGAACCUUUGGCUUAUGACACGCAUGAACAGCAAGGAGAAGUUCUACGAUGUCAGAAAAAGACUUCAUCAGAAGUACGGACCCGUUCAACGUUAUGGACCCAACAGAGUCAUGUUCAGCGACAUUUCCGCCGUGCAUUCUGUACUUCCAACAUCAAACAUCCUUCCCAAGGCUAGCAACUAUGAUCCUCUCAAGGUGUUUGUCAAUGGUAGCGAAGUUGCCUCCUUUAUUGCCAUCACCGACGACGACAAGGCGGCGCGGCUCAAGCGCUUUCUGCACCCAACUUUCAGUCCUAGCGGUGUUCUGCGAUACGAAUCUCAUGUUGAUCAUACGGUGUCCGAACUGAUAAGUCAUCUACGCAACGUCGGACCAACCACUGAUCUCGCUCCUUGGUUCGCGUGGUUUGCUUUCGACACAAUCACUCGCAUUGGCUUCAGCGAAGACCAAGGGUUCAUGAGACAACAAGAAGAUAUCGGUGGCGCAGGUAAGGCAGCACAGCGGAGAUUUGAUCAUUGGAACUUUUACUGGACCAUUCCCUGGCUGGACGCACUGUUGUACAAGAACUGGUUCGUCAAGAAUCGCAAGACAGCAGCGCCAUCAGGCCUAGUAAAAUUGGCCUUACGGGUCGUUCAGGAUCGUAAGACGAAAGGAGGAUUGGGCAUUCAUCACGAUUUGCUAGAUCUAUACAUGGAAUCUGGCAGACAGGAUCCGCAGCUCUACACACCAUCUACUAUACUUGGUCUUACUAUGACAACUAUCCAUGCAGGAGCAGAGACUACUGCAUACACUUCGGCUAUAUGCAUGUAUCUCAUCCUCAGCAAUAGACGUGUACACGACAAGCUCAGAGAAGAACUGCAAUCCAUCAUGCCAGCGACCGAAACAGACUGGGAGCUCCCGGAAACGACUGCCUUGCGAAAGCUACCUUAUCUGGACGCUUGCAUCAAGGAAUCCGCACGCCUCAAGCCAUCGGCCAACAUCAUGGGCGAACGUGUUGUGAACAGCGACGACGCCGUGAUUGCCGGAAUGCCAAUUCCUAGAGGCACAAUUGUCGCCAUAAACACGGCGGGCCUGAAUACAGAUACUAGCAUCUGGGGCUCAGAUGUCGAAGCAUUCAGACCAGAACGCUGGCUCGAGGCCUCUGAAGAACAACGAGUCUUGAUGCAUCGUGCAAAUCUCACUUUCUCGGCUGGUAAGCGCAUAUGUCUUGGAAUGCACAUUGCUUGGAUGGAGAUGAAGAAAGUCAUACCAGCUCUGAUCAUGAAUUUUGAUAUUGAACUGGUCCAUCCCGAGGAGGAUCUGAAGCAGACAUCUGGUGUCUUUGGCGUUCCAGAAGAGAUCAAAGUAUACAUUCGGUCACGUACGAAGACUUAA